CUGCGGAGAGCCAUACGCAAGAAAAACACUACUAGAAUGCUUUUAACUUUUAAUCGAUGACGCUGUGAACCGUAUUAAAGGACUUUUAACUAACUUUUAAUCAUAUCAAACUUAUUGAACGAACAGUUAUUAAUAUAGAACCAAUUAUAACAAAAGGAACGAACAAACAGAAGUAAAGCUGAGAUCAACUAUUUGAAGCGCCUCAGCGUUAGUAAGUUGUCCAGAACAUCCAGAUACACCGUUAGUGGAAGAUCACCAUGCAGGUGAUAUGAUAUGUCCUGAAUGUGGCUUAGUAGUUGGUGACAGAGUAGUAGAUGUGGGAUCAGAAUGGAGAACCUUUAGUAAUGAUAAAGAUGCUAAGGAUGCAUCUCGUGUUGGAGCUGCAGAGAAUUCUUUAUUGGAUGGAGGAGAUCUAUCUACUAUGAUAGCAGCAGCACCAGGAGCAGACGACUCAGGGUACAGAAACAGACGAACAAUAAGUAGUUCUGACAGAACCCUUAUAGCUGCAUUUAAGGAAAUAGGUCAAAUAGCAGAUAGAUUAAAUUUACCUAAAAUGAUAUCUGAUCGAGGCAGUACUUUAUUUAAACAGGUACAUGAAGGCAAGUCAUUACGUGGUAGAAGUAAUGAUGCCAUUGUUUCAGCCUCUAUGUAUAUAGCAUGUCGACAGGAGGGUGUUCCUAGAACUUUCAAAGAAAUUUGUGCAGUGUCCAAAAUAUCCAAGAAAGAAAUAGGCCGUGUAUUCAAACUUAUUCUUAAAAACCUUGAAACAAAUGUUGAAUUAAUUACAACAGGAGAUUUUAUGUCUCGGUUCUGUUCAAAUCUUUGUUUGCCGAUUAAAGUACAGAAAGCUGCUACUUGUAUUGCUAGAAAAGCUGUGGAUAUAGAUCUAGUUCCUGGUCGAAGUCCUAUAUCUGUCGCUGCUGCUGCCAUAUAUAUGGCCUCGCAAGCAUCAGCAGACAAAAAAUCUCAAAAAGAGAUUGGAGAAAUUGCUGGUGUUGCAGAAGUUACUAUCAGACAAUCAUACAAACUCAUGUAUCCUAAAGCACAUAUGUUGUUUCCUGAAGACUUUAAAUUUGACACCCCAAUAGACCAGUUACCAUCUCAAUAGUAUCAACAACGGGUGCUCAGUUGAUAUUCCAGAGUGUUUCCAUCUGAUUAGUAAACUACUGCAUUAAUUGUCUCUGAUGUGAAUUACAGUAAAUUCCGUAAUGUUCAGCUGAAUACGUGUGAUGUCACCUACCUUGAUCAACUGCUUAAUCCACCAUGAUUGACUGACUUAAUCUUUUAUCGGACAAUUCAUCAAUCUAAUCUUAAAAAGAAGUCAUUGUUUCGCCUUUGUCAGACUAUUUAUCAAUCCAAUAAGAGUGAUUAUAAUUUAUUUUAAUCUACGUGUUUACCUCAUGGUUUCUACAUUGACUUGUCGGAAAUUUUAAUCACAGCAUGUACCAACCGACAGCAUGUAUAAGCUAGUCUUAGAUGUCACACAUCGUAAAGGAAUAUAACACCCCAAAUCAAUGGACAGUCAUUUUUGCUUGCAAUAUCUUAACAGGUGAAUAUAUCACCAUUACACACUAAGAUCUUGGUUAAUCACAGCAUGUACCAACCGACAGCAUGUAUAAGCUACAUGUAGUCUUAGAUGUCACACAUCGUAAGGGAAUAUAACACCCCAAAUCAAUGGACAGUCAUUUUUGCUUGCGAUAUCUUAACAGGUGAAUAUAUCACCAUUACACGCUAAGAUCUUGGUUCCUUUUGAUAAUCGCGUAUAUCCGAAUGUAACUUCCCGGAUUAUGGCUCCUGAUUGUUUGAAAAAUAACAUUUUUAGCUUGCAGAUUCUCUAGUGGUCAUAUUUUUUUUUUCCGAUUUAGCCCAGGUUAGGAACAGAACAGUAGGACGUUAAACCCCAUUUCAUUUCAUUUCAUUUUUUUUCAUUGGCUGAAAUUGUUGUGGUAGUACGAGCCAGCCAGCUUAAAUUUUUCAAAAUGAAUUCACUAAAUUCAAGACACACGAUCGACAAAAGCAAUAUUGAGAUCGAAAUCCCCCAUACCAAGUAUAAGUGAAGUCACAAGUAUGGGAGUUCGUAGGAUUUCCCGUUAAGCAUGACAGCAAUGAAAUCCGGUCAGUUGACCGAGAAAACACCACAUUUAAAGUAAAUCAUAAAUGUAGGCCUUUGAAUUUUCACAGCAUUUUUUUAAUUUAUUUCCUAUAUCACGAUAUUAAUAAUAUAGACUAAGUCAUGAUGCGCAUUGUAUCGUGCCCUGGUGUAUCGUUGCAGCCCUAGCGUCUGGUUAUCCAGUCUACACUGGUGGUAUUUAUUGGCAUGCUCUCCAGAUAAGAAUAUGGCGUCACCGUUUGACAUGAUUUGUCAGAUAUGUCUAGCCUUGUUCUUCAAGUCCCUUGUUACAAACGGCACUGAAACACAUUCUGGUACAAAGAUGUAUCAUUAUUAGAUUGAAAAAAAAAAUCAGUAUUUAAUUUGUAUUUUUUAUAAAGAUAAGAAUAAUAUCAGUGAAAUAAACAAACAAAAAUAUAAUUAUAAGAAAUGUACAUGAAUAUAUGAUAUUAUGAUUAUUAUUGAUUAUGUUUGUUGUAAUUUUAAAGCUUUUAUUUCAACUUGUAAAUAUAAAACAUUAUGUAAUAUCAUUUCAUCAAAAUAUUUAUGUCUAUUUUGUAGUUUGUUAUUACACUCAUAAAUCACUGAUAUUAAUAGGGGGUUAGGUGGUCUAGUGAUUUUACUCAGGUGAGAUCAUAAGGUAUGUCAUUGAGUCAAGUAAUGUGGUUUUGAUUACCGACUUGUGUGUGACAAGGAGUAGGAUCGCCUGUCCAACCUCGUGGCUUUUCUCAGGGUCCUCUGGUUUCUUCCAGGUGAUCUGGUUUCCUCCCACUGCUAAAGAAAGACCCCUAUGCACAAGCGAAUUAUUGAAAUAAAAUUGAAGGAUAUGUUAGUCCUAAAUGACCUAGUUUGUGUCGAUUGAACGUUUAAUCCCAUUUCUCUCCUCAUAUUAAUAUAUGUAUUAAUAACUGUUAUUUAUAUGUGUAUUAUUAAUGAAAAAAGUGAUAUUAAUAUGUGUAUUAAUAACUGAUAUUAAAAUGUGUAUUAACCUC